UUUCUCUUUUUCUUCGCAGGUGAUCCGUGGGAAGGGAAAAAAGCAGAAAGUGGAGCCGGGCAAGGCGGCGCUGGCGGCGGUGGGGAAGAAAAUUUCUGCCGCUGAUUUUCCGUCUCUCUCGCUCUCUCGGCGUUCUCUUUCCCCAUCUGCCCUUCGCUCCGGUUUGGAGGGGGGACCAGAAAAGAAAAGAAAAGAAAAAAAGAGACGGUGAAUUCGAAGCAAACCCCACUCCCCGCUCCGGCGUGUUUUUCUUUUUUUUUUCUUUUUUUCCUUUUUCCCCCCCCUCCCUGUUGCAGAACUUUCUGCCCGCUCCGGUGUUUUUUUCCCCCCGGAUCGUCGCUCCAAACUUUCAGAAACAAACUCCAAACUUUCAGAAACAAACUCCAAACUUUCAGAAACAAAACUUUUCGCGCAAGUGAAAGUUGAUCGCAUCCUUAGCCACCGCCCCCCCCCCCACGACCCAGGAUUCGGUUGGCUUUGCCCCCCUCCUCCUUUUUUUUCUUUUUUUGCACGGGGGCGACUGCCGUUAAAAGAAGCAGCAGCAGCCGCCGCCGUUCAUCAUUAUCCGCCUCUCCCUCUUCCCGCGGAGGACAGCGAUGGAAGUGAGCACGGAUCAGCCCCGCUGGGUCAGCCAUCACCACCCGGCGGUCCUAAACGGGCAGCACCCGGAUUCCCACCACCCUGGACUUAGCCAUUCCUACAUGGACCCCACGCAAUAUCCUCUGGCCGAGGAAAUGGAUGUACUUUUUAACAUCGACGGGCAGGGCAACCACGUCCCUUCCUACUACAGCAACUCGGUGCGGGCUACCGUGCAGCGGUACCCCCCGACCCAUCACGGUAGCCAGGUAUGUCGCCCACCUUUGCUGCACGGGUCUCUCCCAUGGCUGGAUGGGAGCAAAGCCUUGGGAAGCCACCAUGGCGCUACCCCAUGGAACCUGAGUCCUUUCUCCAAAGCUCCCAUCCACCACAGCUCGCCGGGACCUCUUUCGGUCUACCCUCCGGCUUCUACCUCCACGCUGUCGGCGGGCCACUCCAGUCCCCAUCUCUUCACUUUCCCGCCGACCCCUCCGAAAGAUGUCUCUCCGGAUCCUUCCAUCUCUACUCCCGGUUCCACGGGGUCCAGCCGCCAAGAAGAGAAGGAGUGCAUUAAAUAUCAGGUGUCUCUGGCCGAAACGAUGAAGCUGGAAUCGUCUCAUUCCCGGAGCAACAUGGCGUCCUUAGGAGCGUCGUCUUCUGGUCAUCAUCCGAUCGCCACUUAUCCUUCCUACGUUCCUGAAUAUGGCUCUGGACUUUUCCCUCCGAGCAGUCUUCUUGGGGGAUCACCAACCGGAUUUGGGUGCAAAUCCAGACCUAAGGCUCGUUCCAGCACAGAAGGCAGGGAGUGUGUAAACUGUGGAGCUACCUCAACCCCACUUUGGAGGCGAGAUGGCACAGGGCAUUAUCUCUGUAACGCCUGUGGAUUGUAUCACAAAAUGAAUGGGCAAAAUCGGCCGCUGAUAAAGCCCAAAAGAAGACUGUCAGCUGCAAGACGGGCUGGGACAUCGUGUGCAAACUGCCAGACGACAACCACCACGCUGUGGAGGAGGAACGCCAAUGGGGAUCCUGUGUGUAAUGCCUGUGGGCUGUAUUACAAGCUCCACAACAUUAACAGACCCCUGACCAUGAAGAAGGAAGGCAUCCAGACCCGAAACAGGAAGAUGUCUAGCAAGUCGAAAAAGAGCAAAAAGAUUCACGACAGCCUGGAUGAUUUCCCCAAAAGCAGCUCCUUCAAUCCCGCCACCCUCUCCAGACACAUGUCGUCCAUCAGUCAUAUUUCUCCGUUCAGCCAUUCGGGCCACAUGCUGACCACACCGACUCCGAUGCAUCCUUCUUCCGGCUUGUCAUUCGGACCUCACCACCCCUCAAGUAUGGUCACCGCCAUGGGCUAAAAAGAGUGCAAUUCUCAGGCAAAGGGGAAAAUAAAAAUAAAAUAAAAUAAAGAGAGACUUUUUUUUCCUGCUUAAAAGAAAAAGAAAAAAAAGUGAAAAAAAGAAAGAAAGAAGAAUCCAAGUUCCUGUCGUUUUUUUUUUGUUGGUGUUUAUUUUUUAAAACUUCUCUGAAGGAGAAGAAUCUUUAUAUAUUUGCCUCAUCCGAGGGAAGCCUUCUUGGCCCUUCAGAAAACUGUUUGGUGCAGAUGCUAAAACGGAACCGGCGGGAAAAUAAAAGGAAGAUGGAAAAUUGUAAAACUGGCUGAAAUCCUCAGAACGAAAGAAAGAAAGCAAAAAUGGAAUAAUACGGAAAGUUGACUGCUUGGCUUCAAGCGUCUUUGUGUUUCUCCACCACCGAAAUCCGGAGGCCAUUUGUGAAUAAACCAUCGCCACACAACUUCACUGUCGAACUGGGUUUUUAGUGCUGUGAAAUAAUAAUAAUUCUAAUAUUAAUAAAUAAUAAAACCCACGCCAUCCUCCCUCCCUCCCUCCCUCCCUUCCCUCCCCUCCCCUCCCCUGUCCCUCGCUUUCUCCUUCCUGCCGAAAUGAAAGCAAAUAAUUGCUGAACACUGUAUAACUUAUAUUGUAAGAAAUAUUGUACAUUUUUUUUUUGGAGGAAGAUUGACAACUGGGUAGCUGUAAAAAACAAAAACAAAAACGGGGGUGGGGGGGAAGGGAAAAAAAAAGGAAAAGAAAGGAGAUUUGGAGGAGUGGAUAGUACGAGUACCACGAGAAACAUUUUAUGGUACGGUCUGCGGAGAAUGACAAACCGGCAAACCGGCAAAUUGCCAGUUAACGCUUUUUUAGCUGUUUUGCGCGCUCUCGCUCCUCACAUGCUGGCUGAAAAUUAUUUUGAUGCAUUAAAAAAAUAAAUAAAAUUACAUCCAAGCUGUAAGCAAGUCAUCCAUUCCAGGCGACGGGCCUCUAACCAACAGAGAAAGGGGGUUGAAGGGGUAGUAACAGGGCACCUGGUGUGACGCAGUAGCUUGUCUGUCACAGCCGGUUUGUCUUAAGGCCUAUUCGCAUUGUGAACCAGUUCUUGUAAUUGUCGUUUGUAUGUAUAACUCAAAAAAAAAAAAAUGCUCUCUCAAAUAAGACAAGGUGUAGAUUUAUUU